CUCGCCGGGGUCCAUCGCGAGACGCAGAAUUGAUGCCAUUGAAGAGCCAAGAGCUGCCACUCCAUCUUUCCCAUCCACGGGAUCACUCCAGACCCCGCUCCCGGCCAGGGAUUUGCAGGCAUCAGGUACUAUCGAAAAUCGAGAAUCCCUUUCGCCGUCGUACAGCUCGCCUGCUGUUUGGCUGUUCUCCGUACUGCCGCCCCAAAGUCUGGAAGAUCGUCAGGCUGCAGGACGAGAAUAUUGGAUCGGACCUGGAGAAGAACCCAGUCUCACGCCAGCACCGUGACGCCAUUCCCCUUCCUUGAGUGCCCAUUCCACAGGCCAUGGAUAAAAGCAAUACCAUGCUGUUAAAAGCCAAGCAAUCCGUCCUCGUCCUCCUCUUUUCCUUCUUCUUCCAUCCAUAGUUCGCCCCCAAUUCUUCUCCCUCUCCGUCUUUCACAUCCCUCUCACCCGCAACCAUGCCGAUAAAAUCCCCCUUCGAGUCAUCCAUAGCAAAGCCUGGGCAGGGCAAGGUCGUCCUCUCCCUUCUGCCUCCUUGCAAUCCAACUCUCACGACUCUCACCUACAAAUAUCCUUUGAAACUCCUCACUCGGGUCCCCGGCUUUGUUCCGCAAACCUCCGCGCUAUCAACAUGUCCCUCCCGACCCGUUCACCUCUACCUACUCACCUACGGCGGUGGUCUGUUACCAGGCGACCACAUUUCUGUCUCCAUCACCCUUGAACCUAGGACCCGCAUGGUCGUGACGACACCCCAAGGGAGCACGAAGAUCUUCAAAACCGAACCCAACGCCGGCGUGAAAGGCCACCGCGGCACUCCCAAACACAUUCUCUCCGAUAAAAGCCGGCAAACAUUAGACGUGCACGUCGGCGAAGACGCCGCCCUCUGCUACCUCCCGGACCCCGCCGUACCCUACAAAGACAGCCGCUACGAGCAAAUCCAGACCUUCACCGUCGACGGACUCAACAAGAGCAGUCUCUGCAUUCUCGACUGGGUCACAGAAGGCCGGACGUCUCGUGGGGAGAGCUGGGAUUUCCAUCUUUGGCGAGGCAAGAAUGAGGUGUGGACAACGACGACGACCACCGAGGACGAAACCGGGACACCAACAGAAAAGAAGAAGCUUCUACUCCGUGACUCACUCAUCCUUGACGACGAGGUUGACGUGGACCUCCUCGAAAAUAACACCGACACCAUCAGCCGCAGCGAUCUGAUCCGGGAACGGACCCGGCCACACGGUGUCGUGGGCACUCUGAUUCUCUACGGGCCUGUCUUCGAGAAGCUGGCGUCCUUCAUCAUGGACCGAUUCACCUCGUUGCCCAGGAUCGGCGCGCGGAAUUGGGCUUCUUCAGCUCCGGCGGUGAUGGAAUCCACACCGAACUAUGACUCGCAGGUGACGUUUACGGCGGCGCGGGUCCGGGCCGGCUUCGUAUUGGUGAAGUUUGGGGCGAAAGAGUUUGCUACCGCGAAGGAUUGGUUGGGUGGGAUUCUUCGGGAAGAGGGCACCGUGUUUAGGGAGUUUGGGGAGGAAGCGUUGUUUUGCAUGUGACGAAUACUCCCUGAGCAUCCUACCUCUCCCCGUCUUUGUGUUCGGCUAGUCACGGUGACUAGUUCGCUUUUCAGCUUGCUAUCUAGCUAGAUAGAUGAUACCCAGCUCGUAUUUACUACGAACCACCGAUGUUGUGCAAUCCAAAAACAUCCAGCCUGUUCGUUUUCUUUGUAUCUAAGCUAAGUCGUAUGUAAGCAUCUAGUAAGAGCCAAGCUAACCUAACCCAAAAACCACAGACCAAGUCAUCAUGUGGGUAUCUACCUAACACAAAGGAAACCAAAACCGAAACGCCGUCG